AUGACGCCAUUCAGUGCGCGUGACUGGACGCGUCAAGAGUGUGACAUUGACAAGGGUCGACUUGAAGUUGAUCUCACCACCUUUCUCGCCCAUCUCACCAACAUGGAGAACCCUCACGCUGAACGACAAGCCGUUCUUCUGGAACGAAUCGUAAAGAAUACUUCGAAAUGCACUGAAAUGAUAUUGGAACUUAACCACUGCUUGGAGGAAGUUCUGAGGGCGAAUGCGUCGGUGAAAACUGCGGCGGACCUCACCACUAAAUACCGGAAGAAUGUACAGUAUAACUUGGAGGCGACGAAGGGCAAUUAA